UACGUCGGGGAGGGCGGGGGGGAAGGAAAGAGUAGCAGUGAAUGGUGCGAGAGUGGAGGACUUAAAAAAAAGUCGGUAAAGAAAGAGAGGUUCCUCUUUAACGUUCGUUUCUGUCACAGAACAAACGCUUGGCUGGCGGAGGGAUGUCAAACGGCAACGAGGAUGCGGUUGAGACGGAGUAAACAGCCACCCGGCAGUUAGCGAAACAACUUGUUAAAAAGAGGGAAAAAAGGGCUUUUUGGCUGGAACGAGUCGGGACGGCUGGCUUCGUUUUUUCUUUUCGGCUGCAACUCAAGCCGAUUCAAACGCUCGGUGGUCACGGGUCGUGGCGGCGAGGCGUCGGGACCGCGCGGUUCGGUGAAGAAGCGGAGCCCCGUUCGAACGGCUCGGUUCGGCCGGCGGAGAGCCGAAGGAGACGGGCCGGGACAGCGCGACGGCCCCCGGAGGGGGCGGAGGGGGGGAGUGAGCUGAAGAACCAGCCGCUAAAAGUUUAUCUUCACCUACGUUUACAGAAAACCAGAGGUGUGGGGGUCGGCGGUGGAGUGUGUCUGUGUGUGUGGGGGGGUCCUUUCCCACAAGCAACUUUGUGGAUUUCAACGUGUUUUUUGGCCAACUUUAGCGCGCGCGCUGCCCGGCUGAGUAGCCUGACGCUCACGCAGAAGACAUGAAGACACCUGGAGACAAUGGGAUCGCCUUCCCAGAAUGGGCCUACAAGCCCGAGUCGAGCCCGGGGUCCAGGCAGAUCCAGCUCUGGCACUUUAUCCUGGAGCUGCUCAGGAAAGAAGAGUAUCAUGAUGUCAUCGCCUGGCAGGGGGACUACGGCGAGUUUGUCAUCAAGGAUCCGGACGAAGUGGCCCGUCUGUGGGGGGCCAGGAAGUGUAAACCCCAAAUGAACUACGAUAAGCUGAGCAGGGCUCUCAGAUACUACUACAACAAGAGGAUCCUCCAUAAGACCAAAGGAAAGAAGUUCACCUACAAGUUUAACUUCAAUAAGCUGGUCUUGGUCAACUACCCCCUUAUCGACAUGGGCUCCACCCGAAGCAGUGUUCCUCAGAGCGCACCUCCUGUCCCCACCGGUGCGGGGACUCACUUCCGGUUUCCGCCCUCGACUCCCUCCGAAGUCCUCUCCCCGAACGAGGACCUGCGCAGCCCCGGCGGCAUGUUCAGCUCCGUGGCCCGACGGAUGGCCCGGGGCUCCGUCAGCGACUGCAGCGACGGCACCUCGGUCAACUCCGAGAUCGAGGAGGGCAACGGCGGAGCGGGAGAGGAGAGGGGCGAGAGGAGCGUGAGUGGCGGAGGGGGACCCGGCGGCGGAGGAGGCUACCGGGGCAUCAUCCACCCCCGCCUGUCCCAUGAAGCCCUGUUCCGCAUGUACGGAGGACCGGGGAACCCCGGCGGGCACCCGGGCUCCCGCCACGCGGCGCACCGGAUCCACCCGGAUUCCCUGUCGCCCUUCCCGGUCUCCCCCCUGCCGGGGCCAGGAGGAGCCGGCCUGCUAGCCCCUCCCCUUUCCCCCAUGACCCCGUCUUCUCACCUGCCCUACACCCCCUCCCCCACCCUGUCUCCCAUGUUGGGCUCCCACUUCUCCUUCAACCCAGAGGACAUGAAGCGCUACCUGCAGGCCCACACCCAGUCGGUAUACAACUACGGCCUCAGCCCCCGGGCUUUCCUCCAGUACCCCAACAUCGUCAUCCCUCAGCCCCACCGGCCCGCCGCCGACAAGGCCGGCCUCUCCGGAGAGAGAGGCGCGGCCGAGAGGGCGGGCCGGGGAGAUCGGGGAGGAGAGCGCCACCAUCACCCGUCUCUGGCUCACGCCACCCACCACCACCCGCAUCCGCCUCAUUCCGCCCACCCUCACACCCACUCUCAUCCCAUGCACCACCCACUCCACCUGGGCGAGGAGCCGCCGCACAUGUCUCCCUUCAAGUUCAAGCUGCAGCCGCCGCCGCUCGGCAGGAAGCACAAGGAGAGCCACAGUAAACCCCGGCAGAGCUCGCUGUCCUCCGGAUCCAUGACGUCUACGUCCGGCUUGGGCUCCUCGCUGUCGUUCGGCAGCGACCUGAGCUCCGCCAGCGGCUCGGGCUUCAUCUCGGCCUCUUCCUCAACACAGUCCCUAAACAGUUCGGGACUGCCCAAAAUAAAGGUGGAGCCCAUCUCUGAUAUUGAGUCAGAGGAGGAGGUGGAGGUCACCGACAUCAGUGAUGAGGACCCAGACGAGAGAGAUGAGGAGUUUAAGCUCUUCUCCCCUCGCCACUUCAGAGCCCCCGAACCCCACCGCCACCACCACCACCACCUUGCUAACAGCACAGCCGCGCCCCAACACCACCCCCAUCCUGACGAGGACCUGGACGAGGAUGUCUUCAAGGCCCCUGCUCCGCCUCCACCCGGCCUGAUGCCCUUCUUCACCUCGCAGCACACACACUCAAAUGCCCCCCGAAUGCCGCCCGCCCUCAAGAGCGAACCCGCCGACCACGGGGACAGCAACACCCCACCGCCUCAGACGGGCUCUGUGGAAGCCCCCCAGACGAAGUGCAUCCCCCUCAAGCUGCGCUUCAAGAGGCGCUGGAGCGAAGACCAGCGCAUGGAGGCCUCCCAGGAGGAGUCGGACGACAAGAAGGUUCGACCGGAGGAGGAGAGGGAAAAGGAGAAGGAAAAGGAGAGGCAGAGGCAAAGGGAAAAGGAGAGGGAAAGGGAGAGGCAAAGCAACGGGCGGAUGGAGACGGAGGAGAACGGGACAGGGAGCAGAGAAGAGGACAGCCCUCCCCCGUUGGCGUACGAGGGCUCUUUGGCCACGCUGUUGGCCUCACAGCGGCAGGUGAGCGCCGAGCUGCAUCGUGCCACCGCUCAGCUGUCUCUGGAGAACAAAGACUGCUGAUGAGCGACCCGGUCCAAACACUACUGCUCCGGGAGCUCUGGAGGGGGCACAGGAGUAUGUAAAUGGUUCCUCCGUAAUCCCUCUCCCAAACUAGAUCCCUGCAACCCCCAGUGAACUGAGAGCACAGUCCAACACACACACACAUAGAAAAAACAACACCUCACAGACCGUCUCCUUCUUGUUUUGUUGGACCCCCGCUCCAAUCGUCUGGACCAGGGCUCUUCUGGGACACAUGCUUUGGGAUGCGGGACUCACUCAGACUCUGUGACUGUAACAGCGCUGACAUCAGAGGCCAGUGAGGCUCCGGGUCCGAUGUCCCUCCGUCAGGACCCAUCAGUGGGAUCAGCAGCCAGUCAGCACUUUCCUCAGGGGACACACACUCUCUUAAAAACCCAUUAACACACCUAGGAUGAAAAUGCGCGCCCUUCUCCCCUACGCUAGUUUCCCGAAAAGAGGGCGGGACUUUGAUAAGUGCCUGAAUCUAAGAGACAAAAGGAAAGCAAGGCCUGGAGUGACAUGGGAGAGAGAAAAGAAGUAGAGGACAGCUGAAAGAAAUCUUAAACUCAUGAACGCCUUGUAAAGUCAGCUGUAUGUUUACCGGAUGCAUACACACAAACACACAAGCGGAAAUUGAACAUUUCAAAAGGACUAAACGUGGACGCAUUGCUUCUGGACACUUCUGACAACAACACGCAUUCACACUUCUCUCUGAACUUUAGACUUUUGUUUAACCUUCCUCCCGCGUCUCUUCUGUCCCGUGGCUCUUUCUCCCGCGGACCACCUGGGGAAGGAUCACGACUCCACUUAAAGACAUAAUCUCGACCUUCUCAGAGAGAAGAAUAAACAAGUACCUCAGCGUAGAGAAAGGACUGCUAAGGGGACCACGGGGGGAAGGCAGCUGGGGGUGCGGGGGGAGUUUCAAAAAGUGCUCACUCGCCUUCUCACCUCCCCUAACUUGGCUUGUACACUGAAAAUAGUUUCUCUUAAGUCCCAGCAGCACAGGAUCCUAGUUCACCAGCUAAAGCUCCUCUAACAAUCAUCGAUAGUGUUUAAUUAAACCAGCAACGAAGCACACACACACACACACACACACACACACCCAGCACUGCCUUCAGCUCUUAAACAUGCUUUCUGUCUCUUCGUCCGGACCUCCAGCUCCGUAGUGGCGUCAUCCUCAGGUCCUGAAAGUGUGUGAGACGGCCCGGCCUGUAAACUGCACGAGCGUGAGAGCCUGAGAGACCAGUGAACAUCUAUAGAGCUCACACACACACACACACACACACACACACACACCCCAACACUGCCUCUCAAUGCCUUGUUUUUAUA